GGCCUAGUGCGUCAGAGGCGCGCGCGGAGAGGCUGCGGAGCGGGAGCAAUAGCAGGAGGCGCGCGCCUGGCCCCGCGGAGGAGACCCUCGUCGCCGUCGCUCCCACUUGAGCCUCCGGAGGCUGGGCCGCGAGGGGAGGAAGGAUCCUAUCUCUCCCCCUCGCAGGCAGGCUUUGCCCAGGAUGAGCCAGUUCAACUUCGGGGCCUCGGGGGCCGGAGGGGCUCCUGCUGCUGCUGCUGGCGGCGGAGGAGGCUUCAGCUUCGGGACCCCCAAGACGGCGCCCGCCGCCCCGCCGCCCGCCUCCUCUUCCUCGACGGCGGCCGGGGGCUUCUCCUUCUCCUCCUCAGCCGCCGCUGCCGCCGGAGGAGGAGGAGCAGGAGGAGGGGGCUUCAGCUUCGGGACGCCGGCCCCCCAGCCCCAGCCCCCUCCGGCGGGGUCCGGGCUCUUCUCCUUCGCCCCCGCAGGAGCCCCCUCCUCUUCCUCCUCAGCGCAGCCGGCCUCUGGGUUCAGCUUCGGGACUACACCCUCCUCCGCCGCCUCCACUGUGGCCGGGAGCGCCUUCGCCUUGGGGGGCAACGUACCCAAGCUGAGCCUGGGCACCGCGCAGCCGGCCGCCAUGACGGGGGGCUUCGGCCUCGUCGGCGGAGGGGCUCCAGCCACCUCCUCUGCCAGCCAGCCGGCCGCACCCUCGGGCUUCGUCUUCGGCUCCUCAUCCUCCUCGGCCGCCGGACAGCCACCCGCCACCGGAGGAGGGUUCAGCUUUGGAAGUGGGGCGGUGGCCCAGAGCGGGGGCCCCGGCUUCAGCCUCGGCUCAGUGGCAAAUGCAGCGCAGCAGGCGCCCUCCUCCGGCUUGACGUUUGGAGUUGCUCCGGCCGGGAGCGCCGCUGCCACCAAUGCCGCCGCCACAGAAGCCACAUCCCAGGCGCCCACAGUCUUCAGCCUCGGGGCCCAGUCCGCAGCCACAGGCUUCGGGCUGCUGACUUCCUCCGCUGCCACCCCUGCCACCCCUGCCUCCACAGGAUCGCUGACCCAGGCACCGGCCUUGUCCUUUGGAGCUAAGCUCACGGCAGGCGCCCCUGCAUCCUCUGCAGCACCCGCCACAACGACAGCAAACUCCCUCCUUGGCCUGUCUGGUCCCACUCUGUUUGCCUCCAUCGCAACCUCCUCAGCGCCAGCUGCAUCUGCUCCAACUGGCCUCUCACUUGGUGCCGCCUCCACUGGGACAGCGGCCCCCGUUGGGGGCUUAGGGUUUGGCUCAAAGGGACCUGGAACAACAGCAGCAGCUGCCCCCACUAUAACCAGUGCCACCUCUGUACCAAGUACAGGAUUCAUCUUGAACCUGAAGCCGAUGGCCACAACAACCACUGUGGCCUCCACAUCCACCGUGACCACCACCACAGUCGUGGCUCCCCAAGUGAUGACCUAUGCCCAGCUGGAGAGCCUGAUUAACAAGUGGAGCCUUGAACUGGAGGACCAAGAGAAGCACUUCCUGCAACAGGCCACCCAAGUCAACGCCUGGGACAGGACACUGAUUGAGAACGGGGAGAAGAUCACCUCCUUGCACAGAGAAGUGGAGAAAGUGAAGCUGGAUCAGAAGAGACUGGACCAAGAACUGGAUUUCAUUCUGUCCCAGCAAAAGGAACUGGAGGACUUGCUGGUCCCACUGGAAGAAUCAGUGAAGGAACAAAGUGGGACCAUCUACUUGCAGCAUGCAGAUGAGGAGAGGGAGAAGACGUACAAGCUGGCUGAGAACAUUGAUGCCCAGCUGAAGCGCAUGGCACAGGACCUGAAGGACAUCAUUGAGCACCUGAAUACCUCAGGGGGGCCAGCAGACACAAGUGACCCACUCCAACAGAUAUGCAAAAUUCUAAAUGCACACAUGGACUCUCUCCAGUGGAUUGAUCAGAAUUCAGCGCUGCUGCAGAGGAAGGUUGAGGAAGUGAGCAAGGUGUGUGAGAGCCGCCGCAAAGAGCAGGAGCGCAGCUUCCGGAUCACCUUCGACUGACCAUUGACUGCGAUCUCCUGCCUGCCCCUGUGCACCCCCCCCCCCCUGGCGCACACUGAUGGACCUGAU